GGAAUCGGACUACAUAAUUAGUUCGAAAAUUACCAUUCAAUAGUUAAGUCGGCAAACGAUUUAUUAAGUGGCCAUUGAUUCAAUAUCGUUGACAACCGAAUAAUUUCCUGUUUAACAGUUAAGCUUAGAUCAUCCAGCCCUUUUUCACCGUUUGUGAGGAUAUCGUGGACGAAAGUGCGAAAGUUUUGAAAAAUCUCGUGGAAUUUGUGUAUUUGCUGCUGGGGAAACUUUUCCGUUUAAUUACAAUGUUCAAUUCAACCAAACAGUGUUCCUGCAAGCUGAUUUUUCAGUUUCAACAUAAGCUGAAACAAGCAUCCAGGCAUGCUACACGCGCCUGUUCUUUGAAAGUAAAACGCGCCAUGAAUGAUCCAUUAGAAGAAAGAAAAUAUGACACCGAUCAGUAUGAUGAAACUGAUAGUGAGAUUACAUUUAGAUUCAAAGACCUUACCACCAAAUUGUGCGAUCCUGAUCAUCUGCGCUCCAAACCAGAUGUAGCGGAUCUAAAAUUUGGGCACAUUUUCACCGAUCAUAUGCUAAAGAUAUUAUAUCACAAGAAGUUGGGAGGAUGGCAAAAACCUGUCAUUAUUCCAUUUGAAAAUAUUUCCUUACAUCCAGCUGCCAAAGUAUUACAUUACGCUGUUGAGCUUUUCGAAGGCAUGAAAGCAUACAGAGGGGUUGAUGGAAAAAUUAGAAUAUUUCGUCCUGACAUGAACAUGAUCAGAAUGAAUGGAUCCGCUCUGAGUUCUGGAUUGCCUACGUUUGAUGGAAUGGAAAUGGUGAAAUGCCUAAAUCGUUUAGUUGAAGUUGAUCAAGAAUGGGUUCCACAUAGCGAAGCCAGCAGCUUGUAUCUCAGACCCACUUUAAUCGGAAUAGAUGGAACGCUAGGAGUCCAACAGUCAGAUUCAGCACUACUAUUCGCUAUUAUGUGUCCUGUGGGCAGUUACUUUAAUGGAAAUGAUGAUUCCAUUUCAUUAUUAGCAGAUCCCUCAUACACAAGGGCCUGGCCCGGAGGUUGUGGAGACAAAAAGUUGGGUUCCAACUACGGCCCUACAAUUAGAGUACAAAACAAGGCUAUCGAAAAAGGUCGCCAACAAGUAUUAUGGUUAUAUGGACCAGAUCACCAGAUAACCGAAGUAGGAACUAUGAACAUUUUCGUUUUUUACCAAAACGAAUUUGGAGAUAAAGUAUUAGUUACGCCACCAUUAACUGGUCUUAUUUUACCUGGAGUAACUAGACAGUCUAUACUCCAGUUAUGUGAGCAGUGGAAAGAGUUUCGGAUUGAGCAACGAACAGUCACCAUGGGAGAAAUAGUCAAGUUACAAAAAUCUGACAAGCUCUUGGAAAUGUUUGGAUCAGGCACGGCCUGUAUAGUAAGUCCAAUUAGCUCAAUUGAAUAUCAGGAUGAAAUAAUAAAUAUUCCGACGAUCCAACAUCCAAACCCAAUAUUCCGUAGAAUUAGAGAAGAACUACAGGCAAUACAAUAUGGACAUAUAGAGCAUCCGUGGGCUCAACCUAUCGAUUAGCCUUAGGUAUGGAUAUUUGUACAUAUUGUAAAUACAUCUCAUAUUUUAUUGAUAAAAAACCACAAAUUUUUUAGUUGUUAGGCGAAAUAGAAAGAACCCCCUCAAUUUAUUUAUUUCAAGUUUGACAAUUUUUUUUUAAUCGAACUACAUUCUAUAUAGAAUUUUAUACACUAAACAUUUAAGAAAAGCAUUAUUUAUAAAAAAACUAGAUGAAAAAUAGAAAGUAAAUGAUAUAUUUUUAUAUGCAUAAACGUGUAUAUGAUUACAGUUAUUAGUUACUAAGCUAGUUCUGGUGUGUUCAUGUUUAUAGAUGAACCUUGCGCAAAAGGUUGACUUUAGAUAUAGUAUUUAUUAUUUUGUAAUCAGUGUGUUUGUGUUCGUAAUUAUUAAAUUUCAAUCGAGUUAAAGCACUAAAUUAA